GUUUGUUCUGGUUUGUUUUGGUUCCGAACGGCGAUGGAUGUUAGUAUAGUUGAGUUUUACGCAGAACAGGAAGGAUAUCACUGUGGUUACUGCAAAUCUGACGAUACGAACUAUAGCCAUGGCAUGUGGGCACACACCAUGACGGUGCAGGACUACCAGGACCUGAUAGACCGCGGCUGGCGGCGUAGUGGCAUGUACUGCUACAAGCCCACCUUGGACCGCACCUGCUGCCCCAUGUACACCAUCAGAUGCGCAGCUCUGGAGCUGCAGCUGUCGCGGUCCCAGCGGAAGGUGCUGAGGAGGAUGAACGCCUUCCUGUGCCGUGGCGAGACGCGGGCGGGACUGUGCAGGGCCGCUCGCAGGGCUUCUGGCAUGGAGGUGAGCUACGACACGGAUGUGGCAGAGCGUGCAGCCACGGCGCAGGCUGAGCAGCGCUCGGGUGCCACUGAAGUCAUGUCGGUGGAUGAGUCCAUUCAGAGGACAGUGGGACCAGCGGUGUCGAACAGUGCUGGGGCAGCGUCGCAGUCCGCGGGGGACGCCAGCACUGCAGCGUCCACAGCAGGUGGCAGCAGUGGCGGGCGGCCAGCAGCGCGACCACCGCGCAGGAAGGCCAAGCUGCUGAGGCUGCAGCGCAAGAGGCUGAGGCUGGUGGCCCGAGGCCUCAGCGAGGAGGAGGCUGACCGGCGCAUCCUGGCCCGCAAGAGACCGGGCAACCACGAGGGCAAGUCCUUGGAGCAGAUCCUGGGCGAGGCCGGCGUGCCGAGCCCCGUCCACUCCCUCCAGGUGCGGCUGGUGCGGUCGCAGCCGCCCGGCCGGGAGCUGCAGCAGUCCCUGGAGGACGCCCACCGGCUCUACUGCAAGUACCAGCUGGCGGUGCACGGCGACCCUCCCGACAAGUGCACGCUGCAGCAGUUCACCAGGUUCCUGGUGCGGUCCCCGCUGCAGCCCUGGGAGCCUAGCGACGGACCCGCGAGCGGCUACGGCUCCUUCCACCAGCAGUACUGGCUGGACGGACGGCUGAUCGCAGUGGGCGUGGUGGACAUCCUGCCGCGCUGCGUCUCCUCCGUCUACUUCUACUACGACCCUGAGCUGAGCCAUCUCUCGCUGGGCACGUACGCCUCCCUCAGAGAGCUGGAGUUCACGCGCGCACUUCACCGUGCCACACCGACGCUGCAGUACUACUACAUGGGCUUCUACAUCCACUCCUGCGUCAAGAUGCGCUACAAGGCCAACUACAGACCAUCUUUCCUGCUGUGCCCUGAGACAUACCGGUGGAUACCAGUGGAACGCUGCCUGCCCCUGCUGGAUGUCAGCAAGUACAGUCGCCUGUGCGAGGACGCUGGAGUCUGUGACCAGGACGGCUGUGUGGUGCUAGGACAGUGUGCAGUAAUGACUGCAAGGCCGGCGCGGAGGGUCGGGAGCAGGGCGGACGGCAGCGCGUGGUUGCAGGUGGUGGUGCUGUGGAAGCACACGGCCAUGCGGUUCAGCGUGUUCGCUGCCAAGAGCUCGCCCGGCCCCGACUGCCUGCAGGAGGUGGAACAGUACGCUCGGCUCGUGGGCAUGACGUGCGCACGCCGCAUGCUGCUCAUCCGGCCCUAGUCUGCUCAUUCAUGGCAUCCUACAGAUAAAUAAAUUAUAUGUUACACUAUUAAA